AUGUUGGACCUCUUCCGGCCUGCCGAAAAGGCAGUGCCAUCACAUACACGAUCACACACUCUAUCGAACCCAUCAAUGAGAUCAAGCCAAUCGCUCUCUUCACCCUCAUACUCAACUUACAAUGACGACACCAGCUAUCAUGGAUAUCAAACUACGCCUGCUCAGACUUCGCUUGAAAAUCCUGUAUCUCAGGAUUCAGCAUAUUCUGUACAACCUCCUCGACCCCGAACGCUACUUUCUUCCGCUUCCCUCCCAGUGUACCCACCGAGUACGGCUUCCCCAUCUGUCACGGAUUUACAUCGAGCCUCUUUGUAUACAGAAGCACCGCAGACCCUGACCUCACUAUCCAUGGAUCACUUGCAGCCAAGCAAAGACAGACCCCAGCGACCCAACCACGCCCGCCGCAUAUCGAAGUGGUUCGAUGGCAAGUCAGAACCGGUCAGAAUAGGUCUACCGCCAAUCGGGUCAACGCAGAAUAUGGAUGAGACUUCGAAGCUCAGGAGUGACGGAACUGCAGCCAAGCGCCCUAGUCCCAAUCAGAGCAAUGCUCAGCUAUCCCCAUUCAGUCAAGCAAAGCAAGCUAUAGCGUCAAGUAUAAGCCUCAACAGUAAUCAUUCAGGCUCUGCGAGCCAACCGAGUCACUCCGAUGCCGAGUUCAAAGUGAUCGAGGCUGAGAAUGCAGCCCUGCACGAAGAGAAGCAAGCCUGCGACACCCGCAUUGAGCUACUCCGCAACCAGCUAGACGAUCUCGCAACCAAGCUAGCUGAUCAGACAAAGGCAAACAAAGAUCUCACAGACCAGCUAGAAGGCAGGCGAACCCUCAGGAUGGUUAGCGACAGACCACCAGUAUUGCCGAUGCCAAGCAGAACAACCAGUCCGAGCCGAUCCUUUCACUUCUCAGACUUCUACGCAGACUCCUCAGAGGACGAAAGCGUCGCAGAAAGCGUCUUCUCACAACCGAAUCGCGGCUUGCAUAGCUCAUCAUCAUCUCAAUCCGGUCUAUCGUCCACAUUGAGCUUGCCGCAAGGACCUUAUCUCGCUCAAGCGCAGCAGAUUACGACCUUGACUCGUGGCGGCAUAAGACGCCGAGUGGAAAGUGGUGCAAAGCCUGUAAAUAAUCGCGGGAGUGUCUACGACGGCGCUGGGUAUGGUAGGUACGAUGAUGAGGACUCGAGAGGCAUUGAGGUAGCACUACGAGAGGAGAAUGGGGGAUUGAGGGAGAGAAUUGCUGAACUUGAGGGCGCUCUGGACGGCUGCUUAGGAUUGGUCAAUGCGUUAGAGGUAUGA